GGCGGCGGCCGCAGCCGCAGGAAUAUGCUGGAAGGCGGCGGGCGGGCGCCCGCGAGGUGCUGAAAGGACAGUUCCCGCCGCCGAACUUAGCCCGCGGGUGGGGCGGCCCGGGAGCCAGCGGGGCACGUGAGCGAUGGAGACCAUCUGGAUCUACCAGUUCCGCCUCAUCGUGAUCGGGGACUCCACCGUGGGCAAGUCCUGCCUCCUGCACCGCUUCACCCAGGGCCGCUUCCCCGGGCUGCGCUCCCCCGCCUGCGACCCCACCGUCGGCGUGGACUUCUUCUCCCGCCUGCUGGAGAUCGAGCCGGGCAAGAGGAUCAAGCUACAGCUCUGGGACACGGCGGGACAGGAGCGGUUCAGAUCAAUAACCCGAUCUUAUUACCGCAACUCAGUUGGUGGAUUUUUAGUAUUUGACAUUACUAACAGACGAUCUUUUGAACAUGUGAAAGAUUGGCUAGAAGAAGCAAAAAUGCAUGUGCAGCCAUUUCGGAUUGUAUUUCUGCUCGUGGGACAUAAAUGUGAUUUAGCUUCACGACGUCAAGUUACAAGGGAAGAAGCUGAAAAACUGUCAGCAGACUGUGGAAUGAAGUAUAUAGAAACCUCAGCAAAGGAUGCUACAAAUGUUGAAGAAUCCUUCACAAUCUUGACAAGAGACAUAUAUGAACUUAUUAAAAAGGGAGAAAUUUGUAUUCAGGAUGGCUGGGAAGGGGUUAAAAGUGGUUUUGUUCCAAAUACUGUGCAUUCUUCUGAGGAAGCAGUAAAGCCCAGGAAAGAAUGCUUCUGCUGACUUCAGACAUGCCAAAGAACUAACAGGAACAGAUUGGGUGUCAUUUCAGGAUAAAUACCAACAUUAACAACAGAAUGAUGCAAUAAAAGCAUUUAAAAAGGUUACAAACCCACACCAAUACUAUUUUGUAAGUUAUUUGAUUCAGAGCACGAUGCUUACUUGUUACACUACUAGAUUGGGUAUUUUGCUAAAUCACCAAGCAAAGCAGACAACCUUUUUCUUGAAAUUACCUCCAUUCUUACUUUGCUAGCAUACACUGACCUUAGUGUCCAGAUAUGUCAAUAUUACUCAUUUUUCUUGACAGUUCAAAUGGAUUUUUGUGCAUAGUCAAUUGAAAAGAUUAUAUCAGGAAUUACAUUCUCUUGAGUUAAUUAAUAUUGAAUAGCAAAAUGCAUUUAAAUAUGCACUGUUCACCUGCAGAGUAAACAAUCUCAGAAUUAUCGACUAGGAUGUAAAUAGCAGUUUCUUACAUAAGAAACUUAUAUAAGGUACCAGGUUUUUUCCCCAUUCUCUGGAAAUGUUUGUCCUCCCUUAAUUUUGCUUCAACACAAGAAAAUAAGUUUUAUGUUCAUUUUUGUUCCCUAAUUUAUUGCUUCUAAAAAUGCAUUAUGUUUUACAAAGAUAUCUAAGGAUCCAAGCAAACUGCUUUAAGCAAAUAUUUGUAAAAUUAAAAAUGGAGGACUGCUCACCAAAUGUUUGAAAUUUUGCUUUUUUUUUUUUUUUGAGACAGGGUCUUGUUUUGUCACCCAGGCUGGAGUGCAGUGGGGCAGUCUUGGCUCCCUGCAACCUCUGCUUCCUGGGUUCAGGUGAUUGUCAGUACCUUACCUCAGCCUCCUGAGUAGCUGGAACUGCAGAUGUGCGCCACCAUGCCCGGCUAAUUUUUGUAUUAUAAGUAGACAUGGGGUUUCAUAAUGUUCCCCAGGCUGGUCUCCAACUCCUGGCCUCAAGCAAUUCGCCCCCCUCGGCCUCCAAAGUGCUGGGAUUAUAGGCAUGAGCUGCCGUGCCUGGACUAUCAGCAGCAAAUGUUUUGCUGUUACAGUGUACUGUUCAUAUUUAGACAAGAAAAACAAAAUUUAUUUAUGUAUUGACAUUUUCAAAGAAAGUAAAUGCAAUUUUCUUUGAACUAUUGUCAAAAUUAUUAAUAUAGGUAAACAUGGAAUGUUUUUAAUAAUAGCAUUUUUGUCCAAGUAAAUUUCCAAAUUUCCUAAUUUCCAAUAUGAAAAGAAUGCAGAAAAGAUUUUUCUGGGCAAGGAAAAUUGGUUAGAUGUUUGAUAUAUUUAGCCUUCAAAUUGCAUUUUACAAUCUCAUCAGUACAAGUUAAGAUAGAAUAAUCAAUUAAGACAGUAAAAUGACUUUUGAGUUUCCUAAUUUUUAACUUAUUGAUUAAACUCUCCUGGAAGGGGUAUUUUGAUCAUAGUGUCACAUGUUUUAUAAUGUACAUUUCUAUUCUGUUCUGUAAACUACUCUUAAUCACAAAAGAGUACCAAGUGAAGUUUUUUGGAAUCAUAAGAUUUUUACUCUUAACCUUUAGUUGCUUCAUUUGUUUGAAAACCGAAGUGGCAUAGUAGAAAGAAUAUUUAAUAAGAAAUCAGAAAACUUGGUUACCAAUAUCUAACCAUGAGUAAGGCACUUGACCUCUCUAAGCACCAUUUUUCUUAUCUGUAAAAUUAGGCUAAUAACCCCAUUUAUUAGUGUGUUUCAUGGAAAAUUAUUUUGAGAAUCUAGUGAAUGAUGCAGCAAAUGCUUUGUAAAUAGAGUAAGCAUUUUGAGAUUGAUAUGCUGCUCAUGGGCAUACUAUUAUAUUUACAAUGGGUGAGAAUUUUGUUUUCUCAUGAUUUUUCCUUUCAUUCCUAUGCAGAGGGAGUAGAAAAAGAUGUGUGUCUUCAUGGACCCGUAGGAAUUCUUGAUUAGUGCAUAUCCUCUGCUUAUUUUUUUUGGCGGGGGUGGGGGGCGAGGGGGGCGAGGUCUUGUUCUGUUGACCAGGGUGGAGUGCAGUGGCAUGAUCGAAGCUCACUGCACCCUGGACCUCCCAGUCUCAAGCGAGCCUCCCACUUUAGCCUCCUGCUAGCUGGGACCACAGGUGCACACCACCACGCCUGGCUAAUUCUUUAUUUUCUGUAGAGAAGGGGUCUCCCUAUGUUGCCCAGGGUAUAGGUCUCAUACGCCAGGACACAAGUCUUAUAUGCCAGGGCACAAGCGAUCCUUCCGCCUCGGCGUCCUAAAGUGCUGGAAUUACAGGCAUGAGCCCCUGCGCCCGCUUCCUCUGCUUUUUUUACCCUGAGCUAUUGUUCCUGCAAAGUGGAAAUAAUAGAGAGGGACGUUCCUGCAGACUUAACCCAAUCAAAAGUCACGUUUGUGCUUUUUGUGCAUCUUUGAAGUAGAUGUUUAAUUGUAUUUUCAAAUACUUGUACAUUUUCUGGGUUCAUGUAUUUUUAAUUGUGCUUAUGGAGAGAUUAUAAAUUAUAACUAUAUAAGGUAUGACUAUUUAUAUUGUCAGCAUUUUCUUGAUAUCCUUAGGUUAAUUUCACAUGAGUUCAAACUGUAAUUAACCAAAUGAGAAAAUACUUGUCCCCCAAAAUGUGAAGUAGUCCAUUUUACUGUUACAGUUUUCAAUAUUAUAUGACAAUUUCCCAUCAGUCCAAAAUGGCAUAAACCCAAACACUGAAAAUUUAGCAGUUGAAAGUACAGCCACCUGUGCCUACUUCUAAAGUUAAAUAGCUAAAACAUAAAAUGUGAUUUAAAUUUCAGUGGACACCCUUUAUAAUACUAAUGUCGGGAGAGACUAAUUUUUGGGCUGAAGGAUAUCAUGUGUUCCAAAAUUUAAACCAGAGCUAAAGAACUAGAAGAAACAAACAGGAAGGCAGGGCCCAAAAUUCAAGGCAUGAACAGAAGGAAGCCUAGAACUCGUCUCCUAGCACCUUGUUGACCACGCUGUGCUUGGUGUGUGUGUAUUGGGUGGAGGGAGGGGAAGGGAGGGAGAGGAUGUCAAGAAAAGGGGAAAUGUGUUCUAACUGAAUCCACAAAAUACUAAAAUAGGGUUAAAUAAUUUUUAUGUUAUAGAGGAGCUAUUUAUGGUAAAACAAUAGUAAAGUGAGCAACGAUUACUGCAAAAAUCUGAGUGCUUGUACAGGAUUGCCAAACAUCUGUCAAACCUUAGCCAGUUAUCUUUAUCCAUUUAUGUAUGUAUAUAAUAGCUGACCUAUUUUCUUACACAUCGUUAUAGAGAAUAUGGAUAACGAUGCCAAAAUAGUAAAAAUAUUUGCUCCAGGCAAAAUGCUUUUACCAAGUUUCUUAGAAAUCAAAUAUCCUUGAUUUUAUAUUAAAGUUACUUUAUUUAAAAUUUAAUUUAAAUUAAAAAAUGUAAAACUAGUAAAUGAUGUAGCUAAUUACUAGUUUAAGUAAAUGUGUUUUUUGUUUGUUUGUUUGUUUGUUUUUUUGAGACGGAGUCUGGUUCUGUCUCCCAGGCUGGAAGGCAGUGGUACAAACUCAGCUCACUGCAACCUCCACCUCCCGGGUUCGAACAAUUCUCCUGCCUCAGCUUCCUGAGCAGCUAGGAUUACAGGCAUGCACCACCACAUCCAGCUGAUUACUAUUAUUAUUAUUAUUAUUUUUGUUUUGAGACGGAGUUUCUCUCUUGUUGCCCAGGCUGGAGUGCAAUAGCGCGAUCUUGGCUCACCGCAAGCUUCGCCUACUGGGUUCAAGCAAUUCUCCUGCCUCAGCCUACCGAGUAGCUGGGAUUACAGGCAUGAGCCACCAUGCCCGACUAAUUUUGUUUUUUUUGUUUUUUUUAAGUAGAGAUGGGGUUUCUCCAUGUUGGUCAGGCUGGUCUCAAACUCCGGACCUCAGGUGAUCCACCCACCUCAGCCUCCCAAAGUGCUGGGAUUACAGGCGUGAGCCACCGCACCCGGCCUAAUUUUUGUAUUUUGAGUAGAGACGGGGUUUCACCAUGUUGGCCAGGCUGGUCUCCGACUCCUGACCUCAAGUGAUCCACCUGCCUCAGCGCCUCCCAAAGUGCUGGGAUUAUAGACGUGAGCCACCGGUGCCUGGCUGUAAAUGUGUUUUUUUUUAAAAGAAAUGAUAACAGUCCAAUUCUUAUCGUAAACUUGUCCCUGAUGGAAACUGCUCAUCUUGAGCUGCAUUCACGCUCCCAGUUCAUGUAGUGAUGUGAUACUAAGUAUAAGCCAAAAUGUUUAAUCAGAAUGUUUUUUUAAUGUGGCUUUUAUAUGCAUAAUAGUGGCAAACAAGAUUUCCUGAGCCUGGAAACUUGAGAGUUUAUUCUAGAUUUCCAAAAGUCUCAAGCAUUCCAUACUUUUUGUGUGUGGCAACCAAAACAGUCUUUUAUAUUAUUGUUAAGAUAACUUUACCAGAACAAAGUCUUUUUAUCCAACUUUACAUCAUUAAAAAAUGAAUCUAUGGAUUAAUAAAAUCAUUUUAAGAGUAUUUUUGUCAGAUUUUAUACUGCCCUUGGUUCAGUUAAGAACAAAGCUUUCAAAGCAGCUUUAAAGAGUGCACUGUAUUUGAAUAAUUUACUGGCCGGGUGCGGUGGAUCACGCCUAUAAUCCCAGCACUUUGGGAGGCUGAGGUGGGCGGAUCACGAGGUCAGGAGAUCGAGACCAUCCUGGCUAACACGGUGAAACCCCGUCUCUACCAAAAAUACAGAAAAAAUAAAAAAAUUAGCCGGGCGUGGUGGCGGGCGCCUGUAGUCCCAGCUACUCGGGAGGCUGAGGCAGGAGAAUGGGGUGAACCCGGUAGGCGGAGCUUGCAGUGAGCCGAGAUCACGGCCACUGCACUCCAGCCUGGGCGACAGAGCAAGACUCUGUCUCAAAAAAAAGAAAAAAGAAAAAAAAAAAGAAUAAUUUCUUUAGGUCUCACACAGUGAGAAGAACUCUUAAGACUAAAGACCCAUUCAUAAACUAACUUAUUUGUUUCUCAGUAACUACCUAGAAAGAUUUCACUUGGAAAUGCAAAGGAAACAUGUAAUCUUUAAGAAAAAACAGAAAGAUCCUCUUUCAGCAUGGGGAGCUGAAAAAAGAAAAAACCAUAAGACUAUAAAAGUUUUACUUUUUGUUUGUUUUUUAGAGACAGGGUCUUGUUCUGUCGCCUAGGCUGGAGUGCAGUGGCACAGUGAUAGGUCGUAGGAGCCUCAAACUCCUGGCCUCAAGCGAUCCUCCCACCCCAGCCUCCCAGAGUGCUGGGAUUACAGGCAUAAGUCACCACGCCCAGCCUAUAAAGGCUUUAAUCUUAGAUUCUAUGUAUUUUAAAAUGGUAGGAUACAAUCCCAACCAGAAGCUAACUCUUGGAAAUUUCACAGCUGAUAAAUAGCCAUCUCUGCUUCAGAAUCUUUCUCAACUGAAUGUUUUCACCAGAUCUUCCUGAGCUACUGAUCUUCACUUGAUCUUAAAAUAACAAACUGAUCUCCUGAACCUUAAUGAACUGCUGCAUGACCUGGUGUUUCUAUACUGCUAAUGACUGAUGCAAGUAGACACAUGAGUGAUGAGCUGUGACAAUCUAUAUCAAUCAUUACACAAUCUAGUUCACUUACUGCACAUAAUCAUGGUAGAAAAUAAAUGAAAACAAAAUUUUAAGGUAUAAAAAAAUUAGUGUACCUCUAUUAUUUCUGGGUAAAUUUUUUGUCUUUUUAAAAAAUAGUGCCUAAAACGUUGUCUUAUCUAUGUGACAUUCAGUGGCUACUAAUUGAUGGUUAUUGUGUUGAAUUACUCCUAUUAAAUGUGGGUUCCACAUACUUGGUUUCAAUUUAUACAUUCCAUGGAAGAAUAAACAUGUUUUAUUAUCAUCA